AUGACCCACAUGGCCCUGGAAGGUGAAACGCCCUAUUGGCUCCUUCAGUGGCUCACCUCUUUCUUCCUGAAGAAGGAACUGAAGGAGGCGGAAGAGCCCAAGAGGGUAAUGGCCGGGUUCCUGCAGAAGCAUCCAGACAUGGUGAAGGCAGGUGGGCCGGGGAGGGUGAUGCCAGAGCCACCACACCACACCAGGGUGACGGCCUGGGGGAUACCCUCCCUGGUGGAGUGGACGGGCCUCCUGGGGCUGCUGGUGCUCCUGCUGCUGCUGCUGCGGGGCGUCUGGGACCACCUCAGGCACAACCUGCUGGAGGAGGUGAAGGCUAUGAUAGCCAAGGAAGCGAAUGUAAGGGAGAUGAUGUUAAAACAACAGGUACAGGUGUUAAGGGAGUCUAUGUUGCAGGAGACCAGCGACUCGAGUGAGACCAGGGACUCAAGUGAGAACACUGACUCGAGUGAGAACACUGACUCGAGUGAGAACACUGACUCGAGUGAGAACACUGACUCGAGUGAGAACACUGACUCGAGUGAGAUCAGUGAUUUGAGUGAGAUCAGUGACUCGAGUGAGAUCAGUGACUCGAGUGAGAUCAGUGACUCGAGUGAGAUCAGUGACUCGAGUGAGAUCAGUGACUCGAGUGAGGCCAGUGACUCGAGUGAGACCAGUGACUCGAGUGAGGCCAGUGACUCGAGUGAGAACACUGACUCGAGUGAGAACACUGACUCGAGUGAGAACACUGACUCGAGUGAGAACACUGACUCGAGUGAGACCACUGACUCGAGUGAGACCACUGACUCGAGUGAAAACACUGACUCGACUGACUCGAGUGACUCGAAUGAGACCAGUGACUCGAAUGAGACCAGUGACUCGAGUGAGACCAGUGACUCGAGUGAGACCAGUGACUCGAGUGAGGCCAGUGACUCGAGUGAGAACACUGACUCGAGUGAGAACACUGACUCGAGUGAGAACACUGACUCGAGUGAGACCACUGACUCGAGUGAGACCACUGACUCGAGUGAAAACACUGACUCGAGUGAGACGAGUGACUCGAAUGAGACAAGUGACUCGAAUGAGACGAGUGACUCGAAUGAGACCAGUGACUCGAAUGAGAACACUGACUCGAGUGAGGUGAAGGAGAUUUUGGGGGAGGAGGUGAGGAACUUGAUAGCUGGUAAAAUGAGGGAGCUGAUGAAGGAGGAACUGAUGAUGAUGCGGGAGGAGAUGAAGAGGAUGAUAGUGGAGGAGGUGAGGGAGGUCACGAUGGUAGAGAUGAGUGACCCCCGGAAGACGAGUGACCUCGGGAAGAUGAGUGACCCCCGGAACACGAGUGACCUCGGGAAGAUGAGUGACCUCGGGAAGAUGAGUGACCCCCGGAAGACGAGUGACCUCGGGAAGAUGAGUGACCCCCGGAAGACGAGUGACCUCGGGAAGAUGAGUGACCCCCGGAAGAUGAGUGGAGCGGGUGAGCAUUCACAUGUUCUACAAGGGAAUGAACAGGACUACUUGCCAGAGAAUGAAGAGAAGGCUUCACUAGAGAAUGAAGAGACGACUUCACUAGAAAAUGAAGAGAAAGCUUCACUAGAGAAUGAAGAGAAGGCUUCACUACGGAAUGAAGAGAAGGCUUCACUAGGGAAUGAAGAGAAGACUUCACCAGAGAAUGAAGAGAAGGCGUCUCUAGGGAAUGAAGAGAAGGCGUCUCUAGGGAAUGAAGAGACGGCUUCACUAGAAAAUGAAGAGAAGGCUUCACUAGGGAAUGAAGAGAAGGCUUCACCAGAGAAUGAAGAGAAGGCUUCACCAGAGAAUGAAGAGAAGGCGUCUCUAGGGAAUGAAGAGAAGGCUUCACUAGAGAAUGAAGAGACGGCUUCACUAGAGAAUGAAGAGACGACUUCACUAGAAAAUGAAGAGAAAGCUUCACUAGGGAAUGAAGAGAAAGCUUCACUAGGGAAUGAAGAGAAGGCUUCACUAGGGAAUGAAGAGAAGGCUUCACCAGAGAAUGAAGAGAAGGCGUCUCUAGGGAAUGAAGAGAAGGCGUCUCUAGGGAAUGAAGAGACGGCUUCACUAAGGAAUGAAGAGACGGCUUCACUAAGGAAUGAAGAGACGGCUUCACUAAGGAAUGAAGAGACGGCUUCACUAAGGAAUGAAGAGACGGCUUCACUAAGGAAUGAAGAGACGGCUUCACUAAGGAAUGAAGAGACGGCUUCACUAAGGAAUGAAGUGAAAGACGGUAAAGCUGCGACUAUUACUGUAAAAUUAAUGUAUGACGGCCUCUCGUGGAGUGUCUCCCACCACCACCCAGACGGUGACCCCCAUGACCACUCCCCCGGCGGCACUGGUGCCCCUGGCCGGAGGUCCCCUGGCGGCACUGGUGCCCCUGGCCGGAGGUCCCCUGGCGGCACUGGUGCCCCUGGCCGGAGGUCCCCUGGCGGCACUGGUGCCCCUGGCCGGAGGUCCCCUGGCGGCACUGGUGCCCCUGGCCGGAGGUCCCCUGGCGGUACUGGUGCCCCUGGCCGGGGGUCCCCUGGCGGUACUGGUGCCCCUGGCCGGGGGUCCCCUGGCGGUACUGGUGCCCCUGGCCGGAGGUCCCCUGGCGGUACUGGUGCCCCUGGCCGGAGGUCCCCUGGCGGUACUGGAGGCGGGUCUCAUAGCCAGCACCGGCAUCCUAACCAAUUCAUAACUGAAGCCCCUGUCGACGGGGAAGCCCCUGUCGACGAGGGAGCCCCUGUCGACGAGGAAGCCCCUGUCGACGAGGAAGCCUCUGUUGACGGGGAAGCCUCUGUCGACGAGGAAACACCUGUCGACGGGGAAGCCCCUGUCGACGGGGAAGCCCCUGUCGACGGGGAAGCCCCUGUCGAGGAGGAAGCCCCUGUCGACGGGGAAGCCCCUGUCGACGGGGAAGCCCCUGUCGACGAGGAAGCCUCUGUCGACGAGGAAGCCCCUGUUGACGGGGAAGCCCCUGUUGACGGGGAAGCCCCUGUCGACGAGGAAGCCCCUGUCGACGAGGAAGCCCCUGUCGACGAGGAAGCCCCUGUCGACGAGGAAGCCCCUGUCGACGAGGAAGCCCCUGUCGACGGGGAAGCCCCUGUCGACGGGGAAGCCCCUGUCGACGAGGAAGCCCCUGUCGACGGGGAAGCCCCUGUCGACGGGGAAGCCCCUGUCGACGGGGAAACACCUGUCGACGAGGAAGCCCCUUUCGACGGGGAAACACCUGUCGACGGGGAAGCCCCUGUCGACGGGGAAGCCCCUGUCGACGAGGAAGCCCCUGUCGACGGGGAAGCCCCUGUCGACGGGGAAACACCUGUCAACGAGGAAGCCCCUGUCGACGGGGAAACACCUGUCAACGAGGAAGCCCCUGUCGACGAGGAAGCCCCUGUCGACGAGGAAGCCCCUGUCGACGGGGAAAUACCUGUCAACGAGGAAGCCCCUGUCGACGGGGAAACACCUGUCGACGGGGAAACACCUGUCGACGGGGAAAUACCUGUCAACGAGGAAGCCCCUGUCGACGGGGAAACACCUGUCGACGGGGAAACACCUGUCGACGGGGAAAUACCUGUCAACGAGGAAGCCCCUCCAUAUAGAGAGACCACUCUCAUAAACCCUCCAGAGCUCGCUCUACCCACAUGUCCAGGGGAAACCAACUCUAGCUGUACGAGCGGGGAGAGUGGAAGGAUUUCCCCACCGUGGGUUGGGGAAACUCGUAUUCCAUGUGUCAGUUACCCCGCCAUGCCUUCCAGAGUAUCCCUCUUCCAGACCCACGCUCGGAACAUCGCUCGGAACAUCACUCAAGAUCUGGAAGGCGUUUUCCCGCAGAGCCAGAACGGCAACGGGGUGAUUGUUGUGUUGUACGUAGUGGUUUGUGAGGGAAUGCUGAGGAAUGAUGAGAGAACAUUGCACGUAGGCCCAGUCAUGAUGCAGGUGGAUGGAGAGAGAACACUGCUCAUGGACCCAGUCAUUAUGCAGGUGGAUGGAAAGAGAAAACUGCACAUAGACCCAGUCAUGAUGCAGGUGGAUGGAGAGAGAACACUCCACAUAGACCCAGUCAUGACGCAGGUGGAUGGAGAGAGAACACUGCUCAUGGAUCCAGUCAUGACGCAGGUGGAUGGAGAAAGAACACUGUUCUUGGACCCAGUCAUGAUGCAGGUGGAUGGAGAAAGAACACUGUUCUUGGACCCAGUCAUGAUGCAGGUGGAUGGAGAAAGAACACUGUUCUUGGACCCAGUCAUGAUGCAGGUGGAUAGAGCGAGAACAUUACGUGGAGAAGGGCGCUCGAGAAGAGUACUUCCUUUACAGCCAGUCGCCUACUUUAUCCCAAUCUCUCCUCCGAAACCCCAGAGUGAAAGGAACCUCAACAACUCCCCACACAUACCACUAGGGGGCAUUACGUUUGAUAUCUCUGUGAGUGGUCUUAAAAACAGAAAAUGCCGGGCAAAGAAACCUUUAGUGACGAAGCCCCCCAGUGAGAACUGUCCCAGUGAGGAAUGUCCCAGUGAGAACUGUCCCAGUGAGGAAUGUCCCAGUGAGGAAUGUCCCAGUGAAGAAUGUCCCAGUGAGGAAUGUCCCAGUGAGAACUGUCCCAGUGAGGAAUGUCCCAGUGAGGAAUGUCCCAGUGAGGAAUGUCCUAGUGAGGAAUGUCCUAGUGAGGAAUGUCCCAGUGAGGAAUGUCCUAGUGAGGAAACCUCGAGAGAGGAAUGUCCCAGUGAGAAGUCUUCCAGAAAGAAUCUUACGCACAUGAAAUCCCAUGGAGAAGAAACCAACAAAUAAAACUCCCAAAUGAGGACAGUUCUAAUUUGAGUGUUAUAUAUAUAUAUAUAUAUAUAUAUAUAUAAUGUGGGAGUGAGUACCAUCUCUGGCUGGACCCUUAGCCUCAGAGAAAAGCACACAUAACGCAUUACAGGGUAUUUUUAACUCCACUCCAAUAUUAUAUCAAAGCUCGAUUUGCCUAACAA